ACAAGUUUUGAGGAAGUUGUUUGGAUGGAAACAGCCACGUUUUGCCUCUGUCUAGCUUUUUUCCAUCUGUGUGUCUCUCUACUCUCUUUUGAUUGGUCGAGCCUGUGGUGAUAUCACAGCGGAUGAGCAGAUGGUGUGUUGGUGUAUCAGGGCAUUUGACACGUGAAUGAUUUUAUUCAGCGUGCACCCUCUACAGUUAAUAUCACAGGGAUUUACUGUGGAUGUUAUCUGGCACAGGAGUUGUCAUUGUGUCUAUUUGUGUUUGCCUGUGUGUGCGAGACUCAGAGUGUGCGUACACACACUCUGAGUGUGUGUACGGGAGGGGCAGGAUAGACAGUGAGCAAAAGGAAUGCAACGAUCUAGAGUUAAGUAUAUCUGAGUUCAAAUCCAGAGUCACGGGACAGCGGGUGAUGAGGCAGAGUGGGCGGAUAGAGGAUGAAGACGGGACUGUAGAGAGGCGAGUCCAACGGCCAUGCCGGUCUUGAACAUCUACAAUGAGGAGGCUUACGAUAACUUUGCUGUGGAAGCGUAUCUUGCUUUGGAGCCUUCCUCUUAUUCCCAUCCCGGCUCUCAGAGCCUCUCCAAAGUUCUCGGUGCCGAUCGUGUGGAGCAGAUGACCAAAACCUACAAUGACAUUGAAGUGGUCACUCACCUUUUGGCCGAGCGGGACAGAGACUUGGAGCUGGCAGCUCGGAUCGGCCAGUCCCUCCUGCAGAGGAACCACCUGCUACAGGAACGCAAUGAGGCCGUAGAGGAGCAGCUAACACAGGCCCUGGACCAGGUUCAUCAGCUGCAGCAUGAGCUCAGUAAGAAGGAUGAGUUGCUGCGGAUGGUGGCCAGCGCCUCGGAAGAGAGCGAGACCGACUCCAGCGUGUCUACUCCUCUGCAACAACCUAAGCAGCCGGGGGGGUCUGUCGCCGCAGCUGCACUCAGCCAGCUGGAGUCUCUGCAGAGCAAACUGCAGGACCUGGAGGAGGAGAACCUGGUGCUGAGGUCUGAGGCAUGUCAACUGAAGACAGAUACUAUCACGUAUGAGGAGAAGGAGCAGCAGCUUGUGAGCGACUGUGUCAAGGAGCUCCGUGAGUCCAACAUCCAGAUGGUGUCUCUGACAGAUGAAUUGUCUCAGAAGAACAUGGAGCUGGUCAGACACCAGGAGGAGAUCGCUCAGCUGCUCUCUCAGAUAGUGGAGCUGCAACACAGAGUGAAGGAGCUGGCCUUGGAGAAAGAGGAGCUGAGGAUCCACCUGCAGGCCUCCAAAGAAGCUCAGAGACAGCUCACAGAUGAGCUGAACGAGAUGGCAGAGAGGAACGUUGAGUGUGUUGAGAUGCUUCAUGAGUCUCAGGAGGAGAUCAGGGACCUUCGCAAUAAAAACACGCCCUCUACUGGAAUGCGAAGGCACCUGUCUUACGGCCUCUACCCCAUGGACUCCCUGGCGGCAGAGAUCGAGGGCACCAUGAGGAGAGAGCUGAGUGUGGAUGAAGAAACUGCUGUCGAGGACCAAAGGAUAUCCCAGAAGCGAGUCUUCCAAACAGUCCGAUCCGUCAACAUCGUGGCAUCGCGGCCGGCUUCAGCCACUCCUCCAAUCCCUGGCUCAGGACAGAGCUCUCUGGUGAUGACUGCACAGCCUUUCCAGUCCAAUCAGGGGGAGGAGGUGCGAAUAGGGCAGCCCGGCUCUCCGGGUGGAAACGACCUCACCAGAGCCCUCCACCGUCUGUCGCUGCGGCGACAUAACUUCCUGUCUGAGCGUCAGUUCUUCCACACAGAGCGAGAGAAGAAGCUGCAGUCCAUGGCAGGGGCGGAGGCAGAUGUAGAGGGCAGCUGCUGCAGCUCACAGACGGGCAGCAUGCACUCUUCUUACUCCAACCUGUCAGAGCUCUCAUUCAGCUCCUGUAUUUUUAAGACCUUCCUCCCUGAGAAGCUUCAGAUCGUCAAACCCAUGGAAGGUUCACUGACGCUCCAUCACUGGCAGCAGCUGGCCCAACCACACCUGGCCACCAUCCUGGACCCACACCCAGGCGUAGUGACGAAGGGUUUCCGGCCACUGACUCAGGAUGCUGUCUACCGCCUGUCUGACAUGGAGGAAGAUGAGGAGGACGAAGAGCACAGAGGGAAAAGCGUCCUUGAGAAGGGGGCAGCCGAGCAGGGUAAGGAGGUGGAGGAUGAGGAGGAAGACGACGGUGGCAUCACCUUCAAGGUGCGCUACACAUCUACGCCUGAGGAGAGAAAGGACAGAAAGCGCUCGGUGUCUCCUCUUCCUGUCCCACCUCUCUCCCCCACAAUGGCGACAUCUCCCUCCUUGGUUCAGUCGGACAUCUGUCUGACACCUGCACUUCAUGUCACUGCCACAUCAAGCUAUUCAUCUCAGCCCAUUCCAACAACCUCUACAGCAACGGUCCAAUCACAGAGUCAGAUCUGCACCUCAGUAUCAACGACAGCAUCUUGCUCUGUCCAAAAUCCAGGAAAGUGUCAGAGCUCCACCUUCUCCACCUACACCUUCACGACCUGCCGCAUCCUGCACCCCAGUGACGUCACACAGGUCACCCCAAGUUCUCAGUCGUGUGUCAUGGCCAACACUCCGAGCUCCAUGAGGACAGGUCCCAGUACCCCUGUGACCCCCUGCAGACUGAGCCUGGGCGACUCCUUCCCCCCUCGACGCCCCCCAGCGUCUACCUGCAGCCUGGCCAAGCUGGUCCUGGAGAGGGGCAUUUCUGCUCAAGUGUCCACUGACACCCCACCUUCAUCGCAGAACAGCACACCUAGGCAGCCCCUCUUCCGUUUCCUCCCAAUCACGCCAGCCAACUCCCCCUCACACUCGCCUUGUCACCCUCCUGUGCCCUCAGAAUCUCGCCAGCACCCCGCUGACAAUUUCCUUGCCUCGCGACCGGCAGAGCUCUUUCUCCAGGACGUUUAUGGGCUUAACCUGGGCCGCGCCCCUCACCCCGACCUACCGAGCCCCUCCCAGAACACCCCAGCCAUUGUCCCUCCAGGCCGAGCCAGGCCCGACCCAGUCAACGUAGGACUGGUAGAGAGGCUGCGGCGGCUGGGAUUCACAAAGGUGCUCCACGGCUCUGAGUCUGACGCCUCAGUGCACCGCCAGGACUCUUCCACUUUUGUGUCGGCAAGCGGAGGGAGCUUAUUGGACGGCCUGAGGCGCAACCAAAGCCUCCCAGCCAUGAUUGGCGCCAGAGCUGGAAAGACAGCUGGUAACCCCAAACCCCCACUUCACCCAACCACCCUGGCCCUCGCCCCACCACCAUGGGGAAACCUUAAAGAGCGGCGUCGGCAUCUCCCGUCCGUCUCUCACGUUCCAUCAGGUUCAGCCAAGCGCUGAACAGGAGGUUGGACUGGGAGGAUUCAGCCUCUCCUACACCUCCAUCCCCUUGCUCCUCCCCCCAUCUCUCCUCCUUUCUGCCUAUGGAGAGAUGAGUCAAGACAUCAGUGGUCAGAGCAAUCCCUCCUUCUUAUGACUUCAUUUAAAAGCACAAUUCAACUUAAUAGACUGUUUUUAGCGACACCACAGUGUCUGUGUCUAGAUGUUUGCUAUGAUGCUAGAUGUUAAGGCCUCAGCCGGGCUAUGAACAGGUUACUCAUCUCUGGUCCUUCUCAGUCGUGUAUGAACUAGGCCCUGUAGUUUUCCUGCGAGGCUCUGGAUGUUCAGGCGCGAGUCGAGUGCAGAAGAGAACUGUAUGUGGAAGAGAGUUUGUGGAAGUUGAUUAGAAAAGAAGAUGAUAUACAGCGGGGUGGAGCGACGAAGACAAGAGAGAGUGGUCGCUGCAGGUUUAUUCAUGUUAUAAGAGAAAGUAAAAGAAGGUGGAGAAAGAGGGUUUGAACAUCCAGAGUCUUGCUUUUUCAAGGGCUUGUUCUAUAGAGGGCUGGAAAACCUUCGGUCUGUAAUAACACAGCAUCAUGUCCGCUGGUUUAAAGACAUCUCUCGCCUCAGUGAAUUCAAACAUCUACAGUCUGGAGAGAAGGGAUUCAACUUAGGGACUGGAGAACUUCAAGUGCUGGCUUGAACAACAUACUGCCAGGUUCAUCCUGUGGUCAGAUCAUGCAUCUAACAUGCCAGUAUUAAUGUUCUAAUAAUGAUUUUAUAAUAGACCAUCGUUGCACAGAUGUCUGGUGACUGUCCAUUUGCCCUGCGUCAGGCAUCUGCAUGACACGUGAAGUGACCUUGCCUUCAGGUCCCAGCAUGCACCUGUUGGCAGAUGGGGGGGGGGGCCAGGCUGAAGGCGAGGUGAGAACCAAAUCAGGCAUCAGGUAAAAAGAGAUCUGCCUUUUCCUUCAGGACCUUGAUUUGUGUGUGUUUUUAAUGGUUUGAGGCCUUAAGUAGAAGCUAGCACUGUUCUGGGUUUGUUUGUAUGUAGAGUACCGGUUGCACUCAGUGGGAUGUGGAGGUCGGGUUCAUUUGAAGGAAUCACUGCGCGGAUAUUAACAUUUCACUACAACCUUGGGCUUUAAAAGAAAGGUCAUUUCAGCCAUGGUGUUUCUUUCAGGCCUGGGAGACUUUCAGGUUCUGUUUUGAGGGAAAAAUUAACACUGACACUUGAUUUUAUUUGUAUGUCACAUCCAGGUUUAUUAUGAGAGGUUGUUUACUGUUUAAAAUUGGGGGUUGUAUCAUAUGUGGUCCACACUAUAGGUAUGUAGUCUAUUAUACAACAUAAACUCAUGUUUAGGUAAAAGGACAUUUUUGAGCUUUGUGCUUGACCCCUGUGACCCUUCAGCCCCCCCUCCCCCAUCAGUUACUGCACUUUUAUCGUCUUAUUUAAGCUUUUGUUUUACUGACAAUACUAUUUGAAAUUUAUAUAGAUUUUAACAUGUUAAUGAGACAAUUUAGCAUAAAGGGUGCCUGUUGUAACAAUGUCGGCUAACAGUUUGUCGUAAGAUUUUAAUAUAUGUAGCAUUUUGUUCUUUUUUCUUUAUUUGUAUUUUUCUGCUUUUGUAUGUAGAGGCCUGCAGAAGGGAAACCAAAUCCAUCCCAAAGUGUUAUUUUAAUUUCUUAAAAGAAAUGGAAUGCUCUGACUUACACGUACACGUGACAUGAUCUGUGCUCAUUAGCUGUAACAUAUUUAACAAUGGAAGAAGAGCUUUGGUUUAAUGUUUUUGUAUGUUUGUGAUUUGGGAGGCAAGAGGGAAGAAGACUGUUCAUAUCCUAAGAUAAGUCGUUUCCCCUCCAUUCAGUUCAGCAGGAGGUUCAGGUUUGUCUCUUUCUUUAGCUCUACGCUCAUGAUCCUCUGUAAACUACUGUUGGCUUUUAUUCGGCUGCCUCUUUUUUUAAAAUAAAGCAAUGGAAACAAAGCA